UAUUCGUUUUCAUAUUCUUUUUAACCAUAAGUUACUAUAAGAUAUUCAAUACAGUUCCAUGUGCUAUACAGUAGAAAUUUGUUGUUUAUCUACUUUAUAUAUAGUAGUUAGUAUCUGUAAAUCUUGAACUCCCAAUUUAUCCCUUCCCACCCACUUCCCCACCAGUAGCCAUAAGUUUUCUGUCUGUGAGUCUGUUUCUGUUUUGUAAAUAAGUUUGUCUUUUUUUUUUUUUUAGAUUCCACAUACAAGCGAUAUCAUAUGGUAUUUCUCUUUCUCUUUCUGGCUAACUUCACUUAGAAUGACAAUCUCCAGGUCCAUCCAUGUUGCUCAAAUGGCAUUAUUUUAUUCUCUUUUAAGGAUGCAUAGUAUUCCAUUGUAGAAAUAUACCACAGCUUCUUUAUCCAGUCAUCUGUCGAUGGACAUUUAGGUUGUCUAGAUUACUUAAAAUACCUAGGACAAUGUAAACAUGCUGGAAAUAGUUGUAAAUGCUACGUAAAUCAUUGCCAGUGCACAGCAAAUUCAAGUUUUGCUUUUCAUCACUUUUCUGGAACUUUUUUCUCAAAUAUUUUAGAUCUGCAGUUGGUUGGGUCUGAGGCCACGGAGUCCGCAGAGGGGGAGGGCUGACCGUAGUCUGUCACUCCACGGAGGCUGUCCUCCUCACACCGUCAGGUCCGCGUGUGCGUUUAUGACAGUUCGCCAUUAAAUAAUCGACAUCAUCAUGCUAACUGAAAACUUCCAUAUCCGUUUUGUCAAUGUUAAUUUUGAAAUAGAGAGUCCUCUUACGGGGAAGUCCUGUGCACCUUCCCUGGCCUCCCUCCACCCGGACCCCUUCCGUGGCUGAGUUCUGGGAGAUGGACAGUGGUACAAGUCACAGAGCUUGUUCUGGUCUCCCAGGUUUACUAGCACUUUUGUUUGUGGGUUUUUGCAUGAACAUAAGUUUUCAUCUCUCUGGGCUAAGAGCGCAAUUACUGAGGUGUAUGGCUCGUGAACUAUUCCUAAAAGCAGUUGAAGAAGAACAAAAUGGAGCUCUCUAUGAAGCCAUCAAGUUUUAUCGUAGGGCUAUGCAGCUGGUGCCUGAUAUAGAGUUCAAGAUCACUUAUACCCGAUCCCCAGAUGGUGAUGGCGUUGGAAACAGCUACAUCGAAGACAGUGAUGAAGACAGCAAGGUGGCUGACCUCCUGGCCUCCUUCCAGCAGCAGCUCACGCUUCAGGAGUCUGCGCUCAAACUGUGUCAGCCUGAGCUCGAGAGCAGCCAGACUCACAUAUCAGCGCUGCCGAUGGAGGUGCUCAUGUAUGUCUUCCGAUGGGUGGUGUCCAGCGACCUGGACCUCAGGUCUUUAGAGCAGUUGUCACAGGUGUGCAGGGGAUUCUACAUCUGCGCCAGAGACCCUGAAAUCUGGCGUCUGGCCUGCUUGAAAGUUUGGGGCAGAAGCUGUAUUAAACUUGUUCCAUACACAUCCUGGAGAGAGAUGUUUUUAGAAAGGCCCCGUGUUCGGUUUGAUGGCGUGUACAUCAGUAAAACCACGUAUAUCCGUCAAGGGGAACAGUCUCUCGAUGGUUUCUAUCGAGCCUGGCACCAGGUGGAAUAUUACAGGUACAUAAGAUUCUUCCCGGAUGGCCACGUGAUGAUGCUGACCACCCCCGAGGAGCCCCAGUCCAUUGUGCCGCGGCUGAGGACGAGGAAUACCAGAACGGAAGCAAUUCUACUGGGUCAUUAUCGCUUGUCACAAGAUACAGACAAUCAGACCAAAGUAUUUGCUGUGAUAACUAAGAAAAAAGAAGAAAAGCCGCUUGACUACAAGUUCCGGUAUUUCCGCCGCGUCCCCGUACAAGAGGCUGAGCAGAGUUUCCACGUGGGGCUGCAGCUGUGCUCCAGUGGUCACCAGAGGUUCAACAAACUCAUCUGGAUCCAUCAUUCCUGUCACAUCACCUACAAACCGACCGGAGAGACGGCAGUCACUGCCUUUGAGAUCGACAAGAUGUACCCGCCUUUGCUGUUCGCCAGGGCGAGGAGCUACACCGCGUCCUCCGAGAGGCCCCUGUAGCCCCACACCCCCCCGCCCCGCCGCAUGAGUAGAUGCAUAUAGAGAAACAGAGCGCCUAAGUUAUAAAUGUACAGAUAUAUAUAUAUAUAUGGGGCUGGAACUUAUUUUACAUUGUUGGAGUUCUCUCAAGAGUAUAAAUCGAUUAUUUUUUUUAUUUAAAGGGAGAGUUGAUUCAUGGGGUGUUGGUUUUGAAAUGAAGAAGUGGGAAUCACAAGUCUUAAGUACAUUUACGUUGUGAAAAAACACCGGAGGUUUAAAUCAUGCCCUUCUUGGGGCAGCCUUGUGUCACGUGGGCUGUCCCCUGCCCGCUCGGUCAUCCCGGCGUUUCAGGGCGUGCGGGGGGUGCCCCGCGGGGGUCAGCGUUCGUUUCACGGAGGGCACAGUGUGUUUUCACCAAAGGCUCAACAUGUGAACACCCCUUCUGGGUUUGUUUGAAACUGUUUGACCAAUAAAGUUCAUAAAUAAAUGUUUCUUUCGAGAAAAUAUA